UUAUUUCGCUGUACUCGGUAUCCCUGCUUAGAAUCGAAUAAUUCACAGGACGACAUUGGUAUCGUUACCAGCAUGUUUUAGACUGGUUCUGUUGACACCAGUUGAGUGACGCCGGCGCCCAGCGCUGGAUUCUUUGUGCGGUCAGACGGAUGACGGGGGCUUCUGACAUGGAGAACAAGGAAGGCAAAGCUUCUGGUUCAAGGCCGAGUCCUAUCGGAGAGCCAGAAAAUUCAGGUUCCAUUGAGGUUGAUAAUUCGAGUACGGUACUGUUGAAAAUUGCAACACUGUAUGCCGAACGACUGAUGAAUGAUAUUUGUUUGGUAGUCAAUGGUGUCGAGUAUCCAGCUCAUCGUUUGAUACUUUGUGCCUCCAGCGAUGUGUUUCAGGUAAUGCUGAUGAGCCCACAAUGGACAGAAUCGCAAGAGAGCAGAGUCACAUUGCAAGAGACACCGCAGUGUGCUACAAUAUUCAGUGAAUUCUUACGCUACUUUUAUACGGGUCAAAUACGAAUUAAUUAUGGCACAGUUCUGCCCAUACUGUCUCUUGCCGACAAGUAUAAUGUUAGGGAUCUAAUUUCACUCUGCAUAAACUACAUGCAAAGCCAUAUCCUUGCAGCUGCUACUCAUGGCACACUUGUUUCUUGGCUACAGUACACUACAAACUGUGGGCAUCACGCGGUUGCUCAAUCCUGCCAGAAUUUCAUUAAAUGGAACUUUGAAUUGGUUUCAAAAACCGCUGAUUUUGGAAAUUUUGAACCAGAUGUUCUUGUCUCUCUGCUUCACCAGAGUAGUUUGGUUAUCCGAGACGAAAUGACCCUGUACGAAUGCUUAGAGUCUUGGCUGAAUCACCAAACCAAUCGUUUGAAAACUGAGCUACUUCCAUCAGAUCUAGAAAUAACCGUGGAACAGAUUGUUGUUGCAGUCAUGUCCUGCGUCAGAUUCCCAAUGAUGUCACCUAGACAGUUGGCAAAAUUGUUGCUUUCACCACUGACAAAAAAGUACAAGGAAUUCUUCGUUGAGAGGAUGGCUAUCGGAAUGUCCUUCCAUUCUGGUCAACAAGACAGGGUAGAUGAAGUGAUUAGAACUGAAGAAGACGGCGGAUUACUUUUUGAGCCUAGGCUUUACACGAUAGAUACGUGCAGUUCGUUGCUCACAAUAGAAAACUUUCGUAGCUUACCUUCUUACCAUACAAGAACAUUGGUAUUUUCCAGUCAUUCUUAUUUAGCUGAAUGUGCCGGAGAUCGAACCUGUGAAUGGGUUGUAGACAUUUACCCAAAAGGUGUGUGGUUCAAAAAGUUUUUCCUAAUAGUUUGGCAGGGUAAUGUUGAAGUGCCGGAAUAUGUGAUGAGGUCAGUAAGACUGUCCCUGACGUGCAGAGAGCCACCACCAAACGGUGAAUCUGACAUGCGAGUAAAAAUAGGGGUUUUGUUCUAUGGUCUACAAGACAGUGUGGAACACAUAGCCAGAGUGACUGAGGUUAUUCAUCGAUUUAGUAAGGACGACAGAGUUCUUAAUUUAGAUCAUCUGUUGCCGUUUGAAGAACUUAAUCCUCAACAAGCAACGGCUGGAAAUGUUAUUUCCCCAUUUCUUGUUGGUCCCAAUAAGGAUAUGCUCAAACUACACAUUGUCAUAUCUCCUGCUAAUUGAUUCCAGAGAAAAUCGAAUGAAGUAAUCUCGAUCGACUGACAAUUUUAUGUUGUUUCAAUUAUAUUUAUUGCGAGUACGUAUUAUCUUCAGGUUUGCAGUAAUUUCUGGCUAAUACGAAUGAUACAGGAGUCACACGAUUCUCUCGGAGUGAUGU